AUGGCAGAAACCGCACCAGCCGCUGCUCCUCCCGCCGAACCGGCCGCAAAAUCCAAGAAGCAGCCGAAGAAAUCAGCUGCCAAGAAAAGCCACAAACCCUCCGGUCCCAGCGUGUCCGAGCUGCUCGUUAAAGCCGUGUCCGCCUCUAAGGAGCGCAGUGGGGUGUCUCUGGCCGCCCUGAAGAAGGCUCUGGCUGCCGGAGGAUACGAUGUAGACCGAAACAACGGCCGCCUGAAGCUGGCCAUCAAGGGGCUGGUGACCAAGGGAACCCUGCUCCAGGUGAAAGGCAGCGGCGCCUCCGGAUCCUUCAAGAUCAACAAGAAGCAGCAGGAGACUAAGGACAAGGAGGCCAAGAAGAAGCCGGCGGCUGCGGCCAAGAAACCUGCAGCAGCUAAGAAAGCAACCAAAUCCCCUAAGAAGCCAAAGAAGGCUCCGAGCGCGGCCAAGAGCCCGAAGAAAGCAAAGAAGCCUGCAGCGGCCAAGAGCCCCAAGAAGCCGAAGGCUGCCCCCAAGAAGGUGACCAAGAGCCCGGCUAAGAAGGCGGCCAAACCCAAAGCUGCCAAGAGCCCUGCUAAGAAGGCGGCCAAACCCAAAGCUGCCAAAAGCCCGGCUAAGAAGGUGACUAAAGCCAAGAAAUAA